CCGGGUGCUUUUAAUCUGUGCAAUAGACGCCGAUCGCAGCUAGAACCGACAGGCAGAUCCGGUAAUAAUGGUCAGCGAGACAGAGGGCCAGGCAGCCGGGCUCUCACUGCAACCAGAUCGGCAGACGGAAAACGCAAUGGACAGUUUAGGGCAAGAUGGCACAAGUGUGACUAGUGGGAAGGAGCUAGCAGAGGUCACUGCAGUGGAAGAGACCAAAGGGCACAGCGCUCCUGAUGUGUUUGAUCUAAAAAUUCAGCUGCCUGGAGGGGAUAUUGUUGACAUACAGGUGUCUCCCAAAGAGCUGGUUCAGGAGAUAAUCCAGGUGCUCAUGGAACAUGAAGAUUCAUGUCACAGAACAUGCUUUUCACUACAGUUUGAAGGCAAUGUGCUGGAUAACUUCUCUGAACUUAAAUCAGUAGAAGGAAUAAAAGAAGGGUCCAUUUUGAAAGUGGUGGAAGAACCAUACACAAUCAGAGAGGCUCGAAUCCAUAUCCGCCAUUUCCGGGACCUGCUGAAAAGUUUGGAUCUCACUGAUGCCUAUAAUGGUGUGGACUGUAGCUCUUUGUCCUUCCUGAACAGCAUCUCAGAGGAUGAUAUUGGAGAUUCUCUUGGACAUGAAAACAAUGGCAAGAAGAAAAAACGCUCCUCGGCAGAACAAAGUCUGGAAGCCAUUGAUUGCUCUCCUCCAGAAUAUAUUCUUCCUGGGAGUACAGAGCGUCCCUUACAGCCACUUCAACCACUAACUUUGGACAACAAGCCACCCCGGUGCCUGAAAUCCUUGAUGAUGAGCGGCUGGAAUCCUCCACCUGGCAAUCGCAAAAUGCAUGGAGACCUAAUGUACUUGAAUGUCAUAACUUUGGAAGACCACUACAUAAACAUCACUGCUUCCAACCGGGGGUUUUACAUUAAUCAGUCCACUGCAGAAGUGUUUAAUCCCAAACCAGCUUCUCCAAGCCACUUGAGUCACAGUAUUGUGGAACUGUUAAAUCAGGCUAGCCCAGCCUUCAAGAAGAAUUUCUCGGCGCUACAAAAGAAAAGGGUGCAUAGACAUCCACUGGAGAGGAUAGCAACACCGUAUCAGGUUUACAGUUGGGUCGCACCAAACACCAACCAUAUCAUCGACUGUGUCAGAGCAGAGGAUGCAUACAACUCACGGCUUGGCUAUGAAGAACACAUUCCAGGACAGACCAGAGACUGGAAUGAAGAGUUACAGACAACCAGAGAGCUUCCGAGAGAACUCCCUGCAGAUCAACUGUUGCGCCAAAGAGCCAACUUUAAGAUAAACUCUGAUUUUGUUGGUGCAUGCACAAGAGGAGCUAUGGCAGUCAUUGAUGGUAAUGUCAUGGCUAUUAACCCUGGCGAAGAGACCAAAAUGCAGAUGUACAUUUGGAAUAACAUCUUCUUCAGCUUUGGUUUUGAUGUGAGGGAUCACUACAAGGACCUAGGUGGAGAUCAUGCCGCCCAUGUUGCUGCCAGCCAUGACCUCAAAGGAGUUCAAGCCUACAGUGACUUGGACAUUGAGGAGCUGUAUGUAUUGGGAACUGUAGUUCUGGAUUAUAGAGGAUACAGAGUAACUGCACAGUCAAUCAUACCAGGGAUUUUAGACCGCAAGGAAGACCAAAGUGUAAUCUAUGGUUCAAUUGACUUUGGUAAAACCGUUUCAUCAAAUGUUAAGUACCUCACCUUGCUUCAGAAAGCCAGUAAACCAUUAAGAAUUAUGAGACACGUUGUGUUGAAUGAAAAGGAUGAAGAAGUUAAUCUUUGUUCAUCUGUGGAGUGCAAAGGGAUCGUGGGUAACGAUGGACGCUACUACAUACUAGAUCUCCUUCGUACCUUCCCACCUGAUGAUAAUUUCCUUCCGCCGAAAGAAGAAUGCACACAAAAGGAAUCCAUAUUCCGAUUUCCUAAACAUUAUCGCCACCAACUAUGCAGCUUACGCCCAGAACUGAUUGAAUAUUUUGUUCAGUACAAAUAUGCUCAGUUUAUGAAGAUCAUCGUGGAAAAGACGAAGAAGGGAGACGUAAAGUGGAGUGAAGAAAAUGCGAAUGGUGUUGAGCCGCAGGGAGCGGAUGUUAUCAGAGAAGCCUGUCGAGAAGUCGGUUCUGUCGUGGAUUACAUUUUUGAUAUCCGUUUUAAUUCAGAUGUCUACUCAUCUGUUGUGAGGUUUCCAGAGUCCCAAAUCCAUGCCAAUGAAUUGCAGAAAAGAUUACUGAGGGAAGCUGCCUCGUUCCUCUUGUCCGUACAAAUUCCAAAUUUUAUAAAAAGUUGUUUGGAUCAUGUCGUUGUCCCCUUGGAUGGUAAAACACUUACAGAGGCGAUACAUGCUCAUGGGAUUAAUGUCCGGUAUCUGGGGACAAUUGCUGAAAUGAUCAGUCAGAUGGAGGAUCGCCAGUCCUUGGACCAUGUUUAUAGACUAGUAAUCCUGGAAAUAGUUACUCGUUCAACCAAACUCAUUCUUCGCAACUACCUUCAGGGUGUGGAAAUGUCUGCCUUGUCGGCUGCAGUGAGUCAUUUCCUUAAUUGUUUCCUGAGCUCCUAUUCUAACCCAGUGGCUCACUUGCCCCCCGAUGAGCUGCAUUCUCGCAGAAAGAAGGGCAAGAAGAAGGUUCGGCCGCUGGAGAAUGGAGACAGCACAGCAUGGACCAUUAUGACUCCAGCUGAUCUUUGGAAACAGAUCGUCCAGAAGGCCAAGGAGAAUUUUGAUUUCACUCUGUCAUUUGACUCUGUGGACCAACUUGCUGAGAAGUUGAAUCUGCAGAAAGUUACCCUUCUCCGAGAGUUCUGCGUGAAAACUGGAACACAGAUUCUUUUGCGUGAAUACAAUUUUGAAAGCCGUCAUAAGCCGGCUCUGACAGAGGAGGAUAUUCUAAAUAUGUUUCCCGUGGUCAAACAUAUAAGCGUCAGGGCCAAGGAGGCGAGAGAGCUUUUUAACAAAGCCCAGGUCACCAUCCAGCAAGGUGGUCUGAAAGAAGGUAUAGUCUUCCUGAACGAAGCUUUGCUCCAGUUUAACAGUGUAUAUGGUGCUAUACAUCCUGAGAUUGCGUUAUGUCUGCGUCUUCUUGCAAGAGUCAAGUUCAUUUUGGGAGAUGUGGCUGAGGCGCUGGAUAACCAGCAGAAAGCUCUCAUAAUGACAGAGAGGACCCUGGGAUAUGACAGCACAAGCACAAUUCAGGAUUACGUUCUUCUUGCUCUAUACUGCUUUGGCAGUGGACAGCUACCAGUAGCUUUGAAACUUCUGUACCGGGCUAGGUACUUAAUGCUGAUGAUAGCCGGAGAGGAUCACCCGACCAUGGCUACCUUAGAUAGCAAUAUUGGUGUGGUACUCCAGGCUGUACUUGAGUGUGACUUAUCCCUAAGGUUUCUAGAGAAAGCCCUGGAGACCAAUAAGAAGUUUUAUGGAAACAAGUCACUAGAUGCUGCAUUAAGUCAUCACUUGAUAGCCCUGGCCUACACAUCUAAGGCAGAAUUCAGAACGGCGAUGCAGCAUGAAAAGGAAACAUACACCAUAUACAAAGCUUUGCUGGGUGAUUCCCACGAACGUACCAAAGAGAGCUCUACAUUCUUGAAGCAUGUUACACAACAGGCUGUGAACCUUCAGAGGACAAUGAAUGAGAUCUACAAAAACGGAUCCAUUGCCUCCUUACCUCAUGUCCAGAUUGUGCCUCCUGGAGUUGAUGUAUUGUUGCAGCAUCUGAACCUUCUCAAUGGCAUUGUUCGGAUCAAUCUAAGCCUUCGUGAGGUAAAUGGCAGUGUCAACACAAAACAAUUAGAGAACGGGGAUUCUCUAGAUUCUAUAGAGCAACAGCUAGAACAAGACCCUGCGCUGCCAGCAGAGCAGCAGGAAGCAGAUACAUCAGAAGUGCAGGUAGAAGGUGAUACAGCACAGAAUGAGGAUGCUGCUGAGGGGCAAAAGGGCAUUAGCGAGGAGACAACAGAAACAGCUGCUGAGAAAGAGGAUGCCUUGGAAAAGCAGAAGGAGAAUAUCUCUGUGGAGCAGGUAGAAGCCAUAAUUGAGAAGCAGAAGAAGGAAGAGGGAGAAGAACAGAAGGAGGAAACUGCUGAGGAGCAUGAGAAUGCUGUUGGUGAACAGGAGGACACUGCUGAAGGGCAAAAGAAAGAUGUUCCAAAGGAACAAUGAAAGGCUGUAGAUGAGGAGCCUAAAACAAAGUGAGGUUAUUUUUUAGGAGCAGAUGGAGGAUGCAGCUGACAAACAUAAGGAUUAUGUAUGAAAAAAGAUGAUGUUUCAGAGUAAUAGAAGGAACAUACAACUAAGAAGCAGAGAAUGCAUAAUGAUCAACAUUGACAUCUCCUUGAGAUAUUGCAUUGCCAAUCACAACUGCUCUUGAGUUAGUGGGACAGAUUUUGCAUCAAAGAGCAAUGCGUUUACAAUUACAAUCUUGCUUACCAGGAAGGCUUCAGGAGAGCGAGCUUCCUUGUUUUUAUCUUGGGAUGGUUAUUUGUUUAAACAGGUUUCUAUAUUUUAGAUAUUAAUAGAGCUGAUUGGAAAAAAUAUACAUUUAGCACAGAACAAUCAGAAUUAUCAGCUAGGCUUUUUAAUGGUGAAUUUAUAUGCUUUCUAAACAAUAAGAAAUGCUUGUUUUUAUAUACUUUGCUAUUUUCAAGAAUAU